CGUCAGGUUGUCUGCGGAGAUUGAAAGGUGCACAUCUGAACCGUUAAUUGAACCGCUUCUACUAAAUUCGAGUUGCCGGUUUGUUGCCCAGGCAGUUUCAACAGUUUCCAGCUCGACGCAUUCCGUCCUCUGAUCUUCAUCGUCAUAAUGGUUUGCAGUGUGAUCGUCUUUGCCGCGUUGAUGCAAUUAGCAGUGGGUGACGUGUACUACCCUCCUCCACCUACACCUGCUCCGGUAACAACAACAACAACAACGACGAUGGCGACAACGACCACGACAUUGCCGCCCGACGUGAUCACGACUGUACCGCCCGUCAUUUUGAUGAACGCGUUGAUGGACAACGUGAGGCAAUUCAUGUCCAUGUAUCCACCGGUUCCGUACGUGAAUGGGCCGGCUGGAUAUCCCGUGCCACCAGCAGGAUAUCCCGUGCCACCGGCAAACUAUCCACCAAUGGGCAUUCCUUAUUACGAGGCCACUACACCUGUUGCUCCGCCCAUGCCUGUCUAUAACAAUUACGCUGCCCCGAUUUACGCUGGAAUGCCUUCAGCUCCCGUUCAUUACGGACCUACCGGUUAUGGAAGCGGCUACGUCACGACAGCCCGAUCAUCCCCUUACAGUGUUCUGAAUAAUAAUUAUGGAUCGUCGUAUGGUUCUUACGGUCCGUCCAACAUCUAUGGCAUCGGUUCGCGGCCGACGGCUAAUACCUACUAUGGCGGUGGAUAUCAACAACAGAUGCCGUACAAUUACAAUAACGCUGGUUAUUACAGUCAACCGUCUUAUCCGAUGAAUAUUGCAUAUCACGGUCCUGCGUGGUAAUAAUUCUUAAGUUAAUUGGGCAAAAUCAGUGCAAUUUAAUUUCCCACUAGUUGCAAUUAUUUGUUGAGAACGGUGUCUUUAGUUUCAAUUAUUUCAAGCCAAAAAAGAAAUGCUUAUUUAUUUAGAACAAUAAAAAAAAAUUAAUUCAGUAAA